UUUAACUAAUCCCCGGUUGUUCCGGUUUCUCCGCCCCUCUUCUCCGCCCCUCCGCCGUCCCAUUUUCACCCCUACCGGUAUAUUCCGGUCACCAACAAAACAAAACAAUAAACACAAAAAUAAUUACUAUAAUAAUUAAUAAUUUAAAAAAAUACAUUAUUAUUGUUAGAGAGAAAGAAAGACCCAAUCCUUUCAUUUUAGAUAAUCGAUUACUUUUUAAAUUUAGUCAAAAUUAAAAUUAAUUUGUUUAACGAUUAGUAUGUUUGUUGCUGAAGGUGCUUUGUGAUUUUCUCCUCCGUUCUGUUUUGUUUCGUUUCGUUCAUUUCUUCAUAUUAUUCAGAAAGAGAACGAAGAAGUGAAAGGGAAAGAAAAAGAGAAAACCUAAUUGACGAAUUUUUCAGAAGAUUUUCGUGUUUUUUUUUUUUUUUUCUUCUUCUUUGAAUUGAAGAGUUGAGAAUCUGAGUUAGGGUUUUCAAUUUUGAAAUGUUACUUCGGAACGCGAUUUCGCGGAAAUUCUAGCUCCGAUCUUAACGGAGUUGGUUGAAUCUUAGGGUUAAUUAAACAAUGGAUGUUGAUUCUUCGAUGGUGGCAGAGAACGAUCAGGAUUCAACGGUGCAGAACAAUGAAGAGAGAGAUAAAAUAGGUGAAACGCCGUCGGAGCAACAACCACAGCAGCAAGGUGCGGCAGCGGCUACAGCUGCUCAGAUGCAGCAUAGUCCGGUUGUUGGCCCGAGGCUAGCGCCGUGUUAUACAGUGGUGGAUGCGAUUUUGGAAAAGAAGGAGGAUGGACCAGGUCCGCGGUGUGGUCACACGUUGACAGCUGUGCCGGCGGUUGGAGAGGAAGGAACGCCGGGAUACAUUGGGCCGAGGCUGAUUUUAUUCGGCGGUGCUACGGCACUUGAAGGGAAUUCUGCUGCUUCAGGGACUCCUACAUCUGCAGGAAAUGCAGGCAUACGUUUAGCGGGUGCCACAGCUGACGUCCACUGUUAUGAUGUCUUGACUAAUAAAUGGUCUAGGAUAACUCCCUUUGGAGAGCCUCCAACCCCAAGGGCUGCGCAUGUGGCCACCGCUGUGGGAACGAUGGUAGUUAUUCAGGGUGGCAUUGGUCCUGCUGGAUUGUCGGCGGAGGACCUUCAUGUUCUUGAUCUCACACAGCAACGACCAAGAUGGCACAGAGUUGGUGUUCCAGGGCCUGGACCAGGGCCACGAUAUGGACAUGUUAUGGCUUUGGUGGGGCAGCGAUAUCUCAUGGCUAUUGGAGGCAAUGAUGGAAAGAGACCUUUGGCUGAUGUAUGGGCCUUAGACACAGCUGCCAAGCCUUAUGAAUGGCGCAAACUGGAGCCAGAAGGAGAGGGCCCACCUCCAUGCAUGUAUGCAACUGCAAGUGCACGCUCUGAUGGGCUUCUUCUGCUUUGUGGAGGGAGGGAUGCCAAUAGCGUUCCAUUGGCUAGUGCAUAUGGACUUGCUAAGCAUAGAGAUGGUCGUUGGGAAUGGGCAAUUGCCCCCGGUGUUUCACCAUCUUCAAGAUAUCAGCAUGCAGCGGUGUUUGUGAAUGCAAGGCUCCAUGUGUCUGGCGGGGCUCUUGGUGGAGGAAGGAUGGUAGAAGAUUCGUCGAGUGUUGCAGUGUUGGACACUGCUGCUGGCGUUUGGUGUGAUACAAAAUCUGUUGUUACUAGUCCAAGAGCGGGCAGAUACAGUGCUGAUGCAGCUGGUGGAGAUGCCUCAGUUGAGUUGGUCCGGCGUUGCAGGCAUGCAGCUGCUGCUGUUGGUGACCUAAUUUUUAUUUAUGGUGGUUUACGUGGUGGAAUCUUGCUGGAUGACCUGCUUGUUGCUGAAGAUCUUGCUGCUGCGGAAACAACAAGUGCUGCUUCGCAUGCUGCUGCUGCUGCAGCAGCAUCUGAUGUACAAAUGGGACGAGUACCAGGACGAUAUGGAUUUGUUGAUGACCGAACAGGUCAAACAAUGUCUGAAACGACUGCUGAUGGUUCAGUUGUUUUGGGAACUCCAGUUGCUGCCCCUGUAAAUGGUGACAUGUAUACUGAUAUCAGCCCUGAAAAUGCCUUGCUUCAGGGGUCUAGGAGAACUAGCAAAGGAGUUGAGUAUCUGGUUGAAGCAUCUGCUGCAGAAGCUGAAGCUAUCAGUGCCACACUGGCUGCUGCCAAGGCACGGCAAGAGAAUGGAGAUGUUGAAUCACCUGAUCGGGACCGCGGGGCUGAAGCUACCCCUAGUGGGAAACAAAUAUCUUCCAUGAUUAAGCCUGAACCUGGAGGCCCAAAUAGUAUUGCAUCUGGUGGAGUCAGGCUGCAUCACAGAGCUGUGGUUAUUGCCGCUGAGACCGGUGGAGCAUUAGGUGGCAUGGUUAGGCAGCUUUCAAUUGAUCAGUUUGAAAAUGAAGGCAGACGGGUCAGUUAUGGGACUCCAGAAAGUGCAACUGCUGCUAGAAAGCUAUUAGAUCGGCAGAUGUCUAUUAAUAGUGUCCCAAAAAAGGUCAUAGCACACCUCUUAAAGCCUCGUGGAUGGAAACCACCAGUUCGACGGCAGUUUUUCUUGGAUUGCAAUGAGAUUGCAGAUCUUUGUGAUAGUGCGGAGAGGAUAUUUUCUAGCGAACCAACUGUCAUAAAGCUUAGGGCACCAAUUAAAAUAUUUGGUGAUUUACAUGGGCAGUUUGGGGAUCUCAUGCGCCUCUUUGAUGAGUAUGGUGCACCAUCAACUGCUGGUGACAUAGCAUAUAUUGAUUAUCUAUUCCUAGGAGAUUAUGUUGAUAGGGGUCAACACAGCCUUGAAACUAUAAGCCUUCUGCUUGCUUUGAAGGUUGAGUAUCCAAACAAUGUUCAUUUAAUACGUGGAAACCAUGAAGCUGCAGAUAUUAAUGCCCUUUUUGGUUUUCGAAUUGAGUGCAUUGAGAGGAUGGGUGAGAGAGAUGGAAUUUGGACAUGGCACCGGAUAAACCGUCUGUUUAAUUGGCUUCCUCUUGCAGCUCUAAUUGAGAAAAAAAUUAUUUGCAUGCAUGGGGGUAUUGGUCGUUCAAUAAAUCACUUGGAACAAAUUGAGAAUAUUCAGCGUCCUAUUACAAUGGAAGCAGGAUCAAUUGUGCUGAUGGAUCUAUUGUGGUCUGAUCCUACAGAGAAUGACAGUGUAGAAGGGCUGCGACCAAAUGCUAGAGGUCCAGGGUUAGUUACUUUUGGGCCUGACCGAGUCAUGGAAUUUUGCAAUAACAAUGAUCUUCAGCUGAUUGUUCGUGCACAUGAAUGUGUGAUGGAUGGCUUUGAGCGUUUUGCCCAGGGACAUUUAAUCACCCUUUUCUCAGCUACAAAUUACUGCGGUACUGCAAAUAAUGCUGGGGCAAUAUUAGUUUUGGGGAGGGAUCUUGUGGUGGUUCCUAAAUUAAUUCAUCCAAUACCACCUGCACUUUCUUCCCCAGAAACGUCACCAGAACGACAUAUUGAAGAUACUUGGAUGCAGGAGUUGAAUGCUAACAGACCACCAACACCAACUAGAGGUCGUCCUCCAGUAGCAAAUGACCGUGGUUCGUUGGCUUGGAUAUAGUUAUAAUUAAGAAUGCCUCUAAUAAGAGGUUGUGCUAUCGCCUGAAUUUCGGUGUUAUGUACAUAGCAUGAUGCCAUUUAUGGGUAUGCGAGCUUCUGAUCUUUUAUACUGUGGAAAGCUUUAAGACUUUCACAGUCUUGGUUCUCACCGGUGGUUACUCAGCAUCCCUUUAGAAGAUACACGUUUGAGAAGCAAAGUCGGUACCUGCCACUAGGUUCGCUUCUCAUACAAAGCUAAAAGUUGCAUUCGGGCUUCCACCCACCCAUUGUAAAUUGAGCCAUAGGUACAAAAUCAAGGUCAUGAUUCUGUGUCAUGGAUUGUCUGUGUUGGCUAUUUUGUCAUUGAUUUUUACAUAUUUUUUACUCAUCGCCCCAUGUUAUCAUUCUUUUUCAAAAUCACAAGGACAAUGGGGUCAUAAUCUUAAUUUUUUUUUUUGUCUUCUCUUGCUGUGAUGGUGAGAUAUAUAUGAGAAAUCUUUCUUGGGGGGUCCGUGUAUCAUAGGUGUUGUUUUGUAUUAUUGUCAAUCAAGCUCUGUACAAUUAAUUGUGUGAAUCAACAUAUUCCGACACAGAAAUGUGAAUUUUGAUAAAAUUAUGUAAUUUUCCUUGUGCAGCAAAGAGCUUGGGGCACUGAAUUAA